AUGACGAGGUUAACGCGUGAUUUUGGAGAUACUAUGAAAAAAGAGGCAGUGCCUGCGGUAUCUUCUGAUGUGAUAUUUGCCUCUAGUCGGUUUCCUAAUUACAGAAUUGGGGCUAACAAUCAGAUUAUGGAGACAAAGGAUGACCCAAAACUGCUAUCUAUGAAGGAGGUUAUUGCGCGCGAGACAGCACAGUUGUUGGAUCAGCAUAAUCGUCUUUCGGUUCGUGAUCUUGCUAGUAAAUUUGAGAAAGGUUUGGCGGCUGCUGCUAAGUUGUCGGAAGAGGCCAAGCUUAGAGAAGCAGCAUCGUUGGAAAAACACGUUCUUUUAAAGAAGCUCAGAGAUUCACUUGAAUCGUUAAAGGGGCGUGUGGCGGGUAGAAACAUGGAUGAUGUAGACGAUGCUAUUGCUAUGGUUGAAGCUCUAGCAGUUCAAUUAACUCAAAGGGAAGGGGAACUAAUUCAAGAGAAGGCAGAGGUGAAGAAAUUGGCAAAUUUUCUUAAGCAGGCUUCUGAAGAAGCUAAGAAACUUGUUGAUGAGGAAAGAGCUUUCGCUCGUUCAGAAAUAGAUAAUGCGAGGGCAGCUGUUCAGAGAGUGGAAGAGUCACUUCAAGAGCAUGAGAGAAUGUCUCAAGCUUCUGGGAAGCAGGACGUGGAACAAUUAAUGAAGGAGGUUCAAGAGGCUCGAAGAAUCAAAAUGCUCCAUCAACCAAGCAAGGUCAUGGAUAUGGAACAUGAGCUUUUAGCAUUGAGAGCUCAACUUGCGGAGAAGACUAGACAUUAUCUUCGACUUCAGAAGGAGCUUACAAGGACAAAGAAAGGAGAAGAAAAUGUUCCUCAUUUAUAUGAACUUGAAGGGAAUGAAACCUUAGGUUCUUAUUUGCAAAUUCAACCUUGCUCUGAUAAUGCCCCAGACGUUUCAAAUUGUUCAAUUCAGUGGUAUCGUGUAUCGUCUGAUGGUGCCAAAAAAGAACUUAUCUCAGGAGCUACCAAAUCCGUUUAUGCACCCGAACCUUUUGAUGUCGGACGCAUAUUGCAAAUUGAUAUUAUUUCAGAAAACCAGCAUGUCACACUUGCAACCACUGGUCCAAUAGAUCCUGCUGCUGGUUUGGGAACCUAUGUAGAGGCACUUGUGCGAAAACACGACACCGAAUUCAAUGUAAUCGUAACUCAGACGAGUGGUUUACAUCAUCCAACUGAGUCUAUCCAUAUACUUCAUGUUGGAAAGAUGAGGAUCAAACUCUGUAAAGGAAAAACAACAAUUGCCAAAGAAUAUUAUUCAAGUUCAAUGCAGCUUUGUGGAGUUCGAGGUGGUGGAAAUGCUGCAGCGCAGGCACUAUUUUGGCAGCCAAAACAAGGACAAUCUUUCGUAUUAGCUUUUGAAUCUCAGCGAGAAAGGAAUGCAGCCAUCAUGCUUGCAAGGAGAUUUGCGUUUGACUGCAAUAUCAUGCUUGCUGGACCAGAUGACAGAGCUCCAUUAGGGACUUGA